UUAUAUUGGAAAUAAUUAUAAUCAAAAAUGUUUUUAAGAAGCGCCUCGGCUAAGACUUCAGGCAUCGCCAAGAUCUCAGCCAGAGCCAUGUCUCUCACUCAUAAGCACAAAGUCAGCGAGGAAGCCGACCAGGCCCUCAAAAAGCUCGGCAAGUUUGCAGAAGACAAGGCACGUAGGACCAGAGUUCAUGUCAACGAUAUUGGUCCUACCAUUUUGACCCGUAAAGAAGUUGACAAAGUCUUCCAAGAGUUCAGACUCACUUCUGACACCGAAGCAGACAGAGCUCGUCACUUAAAGCCUGGAGACCCCAAGAGAGAAGAAUUUUAUUCCAGAAUCAGUGCCAUUGAAGAAGGUGACCACGAAGUCAUCCAAGGAGUCAAGAGCAAAAUUCGUAAAUUAUUAGAAGAAGAACUCAGAUUCCUUGAGUUCAAAGCAGAACUCGAAGACCCUGAAAGAAGGAAAAUUAUUGAUGAGACCUAUGGAAAGAUUUAUGACUUAAUGGCCCCAGGUAACACUCAUCGUAAAAUCCCAUAUGUGUUGCCUCACGAGCAUAUUCACCCUCAGCAUCAUAUUGAUGCUGAGUCAUUGACCGAGGACGACAUUGAUAAGCUGUAUGCGUACUACUCGCUGUACGUUGACAUGCACAUUUCGCAGAUCAGAAGAAGCGCUGACGACAAAAGCUAUAUUCCUCCUCAGUUCAAUCAAAUUUCUCUGUCGGAGUCCCACAUCUUCGAACACAAAAUUGAUAACAAGUUCCUCGAGUACUACUACCAGUGGAGAGAGCCAACCAGAACCUGGAGGUCCCAGACGCAGGAGAUCGACCACGAGAAAGAGUGGGAAGCCUUGCCAGUGAACCACCAUCCCGACCCGAAGGCUUUCACAAAGAACGAAGUGGAGUGGUCUGAAGACCAGAAGUUCCCUCACGUCGCCAACAGACUCGGAUACCCAAUCAUGGGGGAGACUCCGAUCGAGAGGAUGCUCGGAAUCGAGAGGGCCCAUGCACACCCUUCGUACCAGUUCCAGGCCUUCGUGCAAACUCCUUCCAUGGACCCAGAUCCAACUUUGAACUUCGAGAAAGGCGAAACCAUUUAUGAGAACAAGAGAGUCGGAGAGUGGGUCAGAAUGUGGAAGUGGAUCAUGACUGGAACUCUCCCGUUCUGGCCAGCCUUCUUCACCUUCGAGAUCUACCAAGGCGACGGAGUCCCAUCCCUUCAGUGGCUCGCAGACAUCGGAAGUUGGCACCAGGUUCCGACUCAGAUGCAGGACUCAGGAGGCUGGGGACUCGAAGGCGUCAGAUACUGCGAUGAGCAUGACUACAUGAACAUCCAGUACAUCUGGAAGAGAGCUGUGUUGAGGCCAGCUCACACGCUCUACCAGCUGGCGCUGCUGUACACACUCAGGACCAUGAACUUCAACUACGCUACCAAGCUGGUCUAUAAUAAAGACAAAGAUCUUGUGUUUGCAUACAAACCUCAUGGAUGGUUCUCCGAGAAAGAACACAUUUACGAAGUCCACCAUUUAGAGUCGAUGGUGCCAGCAACAGUGAAUGCUUACAGACACCUCGGAAUGGGCCACAAAGACGGAAUCACCACUCUUAGCUGCAUGGACACCAAGGACACCAUCAAACUCUACAAUGACCCGAAGUACUGGAACAUCGAACUCAGGGACGGGUUCGUUGCUCAGACCAGGACCAUGUGGCCAGGCCUGAUGGACAAGUUCCACGGAAGAGUCGUCCAGGUCGCUCACAUCGGGAGCGAGAAGAUGGACAGGCAUAUCGAACGUGUGCACAGAGAACUGGACGAAGCCGUUGAGAAGCACGGUCCUGUGGCACCAUCACCAACAUACUCUCAGCAGUUCCACGACAGAGUGAGGCAGCAGAGGAAGCAGAUUGUUGGGUAAUCAUGUGAACUAGAGGCCUUGGUAUUUCUCCUUAAGCAGUAUUCAAUAUUU